AUGUCAGUGCUGAGUUCUCAGCUCUGCGAUGUGCCCCUGCACCACCUCUCCAUCCUAGGCCCCUCUCCUCCACCCCCGCCCGGAAAAACCCUCACAGAGAUCUCGGCGUGGCUGGAGAACCAACCCCUGGAGGUGGUUAUCCUGGCAUACAGGAACUUCGAGGGCAUGAUGGAGGACCUGCAUGAGUACCUGAUGGGCUGCAUCAAGAACAUCUCUGGGGACAUGCUGUGUCCCCGUGGGGUGCCGACUCUGUGCCAGCUGUGGUCCCAGGAACAGCAGGUCAUCCUGUCGUCCAAGGACGAGGCAUCCAUGAGUCAGCAUGAAGAACUGUGGCGCAGUAUCCCCUACUGGUGGGGGAACCAGGUGAAGCCCCGAGACCUCAUCCACUACCUGGAGCACAUGAAGGGCUGCAGCCACCCAGGCAGGCUGUUCAUGGCCGGCAUCAACCUCACGGAGAACCUGGAGUUUGUCCUCGUCCACCCGGCCUGGUCCCUGGAGAAGCUGACCCAGUGGGGGCUCCCCUACCUUUGCGCAUGGGUGUGGGGCCAGUGACUGGGGUCGGCCGCCGGCUGUACCAACACCAUCGCAGGCGACUUCAUCUGGGCCGAUGGGUUUGUUGGCGACGACAUCGGGUUGAACCGGAAGCUGCUUAGGGGCUGAUGGACGGCGCAUGUGUGGAGCUGGGCAUCGCGGA